CCCAUGGUGAAGUCGUGAUCCCGGGAAUCAGGUCAUUUACAGCGAAUUUUAAAGCUGGGUUCGAUAUUUGUAACAUGGAUUACUGGAAGUAGUUCACCAGAACCAUAACGCGGAAAUAAAGCAGAGCGAAAUAAGACAGUGACAGAACCAUGCAGGCCUUUGUGAGGAGCUUUGCCCUGUGUCCGCUGGGUUUUGCCAGGUUGAGUAAAAUGAGAGGUGCACUUCUGAGCCCAGCAGCCCGCCUCCUGUCUCCCUGCUCCCGCACACUGUUGAGUGAGACAGGAGUGUGGGAGAAAGACUACAAAAUGGAGACGAGAUGCAGAGUGGAGGAAUGGUGGCAUCCAAGAAUCAUGGCACAAUGGAAGAAGGAUUCACAGGAGAAGGGUUCCAACAGGAAGAAGUUUUAUGUCCUCUCCAUGUUUCCGUACCCUUCUGGCAGACUGCAUAUGGGCCACGUGCGAGUUUAUACCAUCAGUGACACCAUUUGCCACUUCCAGAGAAUGAGAGGCCACCAGGUGUUGAAUCCGAUGGGUUGGGAUGCUUUUGGUCUCCCAGCAGAAAACGCAGCCAUAGAGAGAGGUCUGGAUCCAGAGGAGUGGACUAAAAGUAACAUCCAGUCCAUGCGGGAGCAACUGGACAGCCUUGGCCUCUGCUUUAACUGGGACCGAGAAGUGACCACCUGUCUCCCAGACUACUACAGGUGGACCCAGUAUCUGUUCAUCAAGCUCUUUGAAGCAGGACUGGCAUAUCAGAAAGAGGCUGUGGUGAACUGGGACCCCGUGGAUCAGACGGUGCUGGCUGAUGAGCAGGUGGAUGAAAAUGGUCGCUCCUGGAGGUCUGGCGCCCUGGUGGAGCAAAAGCUGCUCACACAAUGGUUCAUCAAGACCACAAACUAUGCUAAGCAUCUCCUGGACGCUCUAGCAGAUCUUCCUGAGUGGUACGGGGUCAAAGCCAUGCAGGCAAACUGGAUUGGAGAGUGCACCGGCUGCUACUUUGAUUUCAAACUAAAGGUGAACGGGGAGGAGAUGGGGGAGACCCUGUCAGCCUACAGCUCCUCUCCAGAGAUGGUGUUUGGAGCGGCUUACCUGGCCAUCCUGCCCUCCCACAGACUGCUGCACGGGAGAAGCUCAGUCCGAUCCACCCUGAAGAAAACCUUUAAGCCGGGCAGAGACUGCCUGACGGAGGUCACUGCUCUCAACCUGUUCACCAACCAGGAAGUUCCCGUGGUUAUCUCACACAGGGAGGCGUUCGAUGGCUAUCUGGAUACUGUGAUUGGAAUCCCAGACUGCAGUGAGGAGGAUCUGUCUGUGGCCAAAACUCUGAACCUGACGUGGACCACAGUACUGAAAAGUGAUGAAGAUGGAACACAAACUCUGAUUAACUCUGACGAGUUCUCAGGCCUCACCAGACAGCAGGCAUUUGACUCCGUCACCCAAAAGGCCAGAGAGCGGAAGAUUGGGGGUCAUCUCACCAGCUCCAAGCUAAGGGACUGGUUAAUAUCAAGACAGCGGUACUGGGGAACACCCAUACCUGUGGUUCACUGUGGGUCUUGUGGGCCUGUCGCUGUCCCUGAGGAAGAGUUACCUGUUAUGUUGCCAAAGCUGCCGUCUCUCACAGGAAAAGGAGCGUCACCAUUGGAGGCUGCUCAUGAUUGGGUCAACUGCAAAUGUCCCAGAUGUAAAGGCCCCGCUAGGAGGGAGACGGACACCAUGGACACAUUUGUGGACUCUGCUUGGUAUUACUUCAGAUACAUAGACCCACAUAACCAACACAGGCCUUUUGAACGCCACCUUGCUGAUCACUGGCUCCCCGUGGACGUUUACAUUGGAGGCAAGGAGCACGCGGUCAUGCACUUGUACUACGCUCGCUUCCUUUGUCACUUUUGCAGAGAUCAGGGUCUUGUCGCUCAAAGGGAGCCUUUCAGGAAGCUGCUAGUCCAAGGUCUUAUCAAGGGCCAGACUUUUAAACUGGCAGACAGCGGGCAGUACCUGAAGAGGGAAGAAAUAGACUUCACAGAUAAGGAGCCGGUGGCGUGUGGCGGUGGUCGUGUUGAAGUGACCUGGGAGAAGAUGAGUAAGUCCAAACACAAUGGUCUGGACCCACAGGAGGUGGUGCAGCAGUACGGUGUGGACACGGCACGACUUUACAUCCUUUAUGCCGCUCCACCUGAACAAGACAUCCUCUGGAACUCGAAGACCGAUGCCCUUCCUGGGGUGCUACGAUGGCAGUCCCGGCUCUGGCAGCUUGUGUCCAAGCUGAGGGGAGCCCGGCAGCUCGGAGGCCUCCCUGACCCCUCUGUGCUGAAAAAGAAAGAGCUGGCAGAGACCAAGAAGAUCUGGAAUAAUAAGAACUAUGCUAUUCAAGAGGUGACUGCUCACUUCACAGAAGACUUCCUUUUCAAUGCAGCCAUUUCCCGCCUGAUGGGACUCACCAACACGCUCAAUAGUGCAACCGUGAGAGUGGUGCAGCACAGUGUGGAGUUUGAAGAAGCUCUGGCAUCGCUUAUUUUGAUGACAGCACCCAUGGCCCCUCACCUGGCCUCUGAACUUUGGGCAGGUAUUUCUAAUGUGCAGAACCCCCUUACCCCCAUCACCCAGCAUGGAGGAGACGUCCUGCAGCAGCCCUGGCCGACUGUAGACCCCAAGUACCUGGAUGCCCCUGACUUUGUGGAGCUGACUAUACUGAUAAACAACAAGCCAUGUGGGACGAUGACCAUCCCCCAGAAGGUUUCCAAAGACUCAGAGAGGGUGCGACAGCUCAUCCUGGAGAGCCCACUCGGGCAGAAGCAUCUCGGGGAGUGCAGCAUCAAAAAAGCCAUUCUCUCUCCAAGGACUGCCCUCAUCAACUUCCUCACUGAUUAGUGAUGUACAUUCAGUAUUGCUUUUAUCACUGCAACAUGAUUCAGCAGGGAGUAACUAAGGAAGAACUGGGACUUUUAUUGGGUGUAAAUUACACUGCAAGAAUAGGGAGUUUUUUUUAUGUAACUUGAGUGUAAAUAUGUCUAGAAAUGUUAUUUAUACCAUUCUUUUUGAAUAAAAGGUUUAAAAGUGA